UGUGUCUGAGCUGCAUGUUUACCUCCGAAUGAGAGGGAAUGAGCUGGACGGUGGCGCUGUGGACCAUGUAACGAGGAAGAGGGUUCACAAUGGAGGGGACAGUGCUGCUGCCAGGACAGGAGAAGCCACAGAAGCGGGUGAGGUUCCGCGUGGCUUCGGGAAACAGUGGCCGGGUGCUGAAGGAGAUGUUCAAAGAUGAGGGGCCCUCUGACUCCUUGGAUUCAGACUGCACGAGCAGCUCUGAGGCCGAGCGAGCCAGCACGCCCUCCACGGCAGGAGAUGCACAACUCCCGUAUCCAAACCCCUUUGGAUACCUGGGCUCGGAGCUGGACCACAGCGAGGGCGAGCCCGACGACCUGCUCGUGUACGCCGGGGCCACCAAGGACUGGAUGUUCACCACCAAGAGGAUCAACAUCCUCAGUAAAAAUGGGACCGUGAGAGGGGUCAAGCACAAAGUCAGCGCAGGUCAGACGCUGUUUGAAAGCCUUCCUAAUACCAACAGUGUGGACUUCUCACUUGAGUUCGGGCGGAUAGUGAUCUACACCACGAGUUUCCGAGUGGUGAGGACGACGUUCGAGCGGUGCGAGCUGGUCCGAAAGAUCUUCCAGAACCACAGGGUGAAGUUCCUGGAAAGGAACAUCGCCCUGGACAUCGAGUACGGGAAGGAGUUGGAGGAGAGGUGCAAACGUGUGGGCGAACCUUUUUCAUUACCGGUCGUGUUCAUUGACGGACACUACUUUGGGGGUGCUGAGAAAAUACUUGGCAUGAAUGAAUCAGGAGAGCUGCAAGAUCUUCUGACAAGAAUUGAGAGGGUACAGCAUCCCCAGACGUGCCAGACCUGCGGGGGCUUCGCCUUCAUCCCCUGCCAAGUGUGCCAUGGUAGCAAGAUGUCCGUGUUUCGCAACUGCUUCACGGAUUCUUUCAAAGCCCUCAAGUGCACUUCCUGCAAUGAGAACGGCCUGCAGGCCUGUGUGCGCUGCAGCCAGUGAGGAUGUUAAGUGCCUGGAUCGACAUCUCUCCUUCCCUCUUCAGGACCGCACACAGGAGCCAGGACUCUUCCUCCAUGGCCAUUGUAGUGAAGAAAAUGGGGAUUUAUAAUAAAAUCUAUGAACUUGCACAUUGAAUCUUCACACAGUUAUUGACAUAGUGUUGAAUUGAUGCGUUACUCCUCAGUGCUGAUCAGGUUUUUCAGUAUUAAGACAGAUUUCUCAUCAAAUGCAUUGUUUGUAUCUACACAGAACAAAAGGGGUCAUGAACUAGAUUGCCCUCUGAGACACCUAAGCCUGUACGUGCGUGAGGAGGUGCUUAAUUAAGAACUCCCUCGUCAUUAAUCUCAUCUCAGACACGGUAGGGACUCUCAGGUCAGGCAGUGAAAGUCCCGGGUCAAUUCUCAGGCUGCAGAACAGAAAAGAGGAACCAUGUU